AUGUCGCAAGAGAUCCGUACCGUUGUCGUCAUUGGUUGCGGCGUGAUUGGUAUGAGCUGGACAGUCUUGUUUCUCUCACGAGGCCUUAAGGUCAUCAUCACCGACCCUGCUGAAGACGCGCAAGCACGAUUCGAAAAGUACCUAUCGGAUACUUGGCCUUCUUUGCCAGCAGGGUUUUCUAAGGAGUGUGCGGACAAUUACGAGUUCGUCGAAGAUGUAGUUCCAAGACUGGCCGAGGCCGAUUUCGUGCAAGAAAACGGCCCAGAGCGUGUGAACUGGAAGCAAGGUCUGUUCGAGACCCUCGACAUGUAUACUCGAAAGGGCGUGGUUAUCGCUUCGUCUUCCUCCGGUCUCCCAUCGUCAGCCUUCAUCGGACGCUGCCAACAUGAUCCGAGUCGAAUUCUCGUCGGACACCCAUUCAACCCUCCACACCUCAUACCAUUGGUUGAAGUCGUCCCUCACCCUGGUUCCAGCCAAACGACUAUCGACACUACCUUGGCAUUCUACAAGUCUCUCGGCAAGAGACCUAUCCAUCUCCAUCAAGAAAUCCCUGGCUUUGUAGCAAAUCGUCUUCAGGCCGCAAUCAACAACGAGGUUUACAGCCUAGUCAGUCGUGGCAUCGUUUCGGCAGCAGAUCUAGAUGCGGCAGUGACAUCGGGACCUGGACUGCGCUGGGCACUCACAGGUCCCAUCAUAACGAAUGCUUUGGGAGGUGGGGGAGGUUCCGAAGGCUUUGAUAAUCGCAUUGAUCGACUUGGUCCAGCAAUCAGGAGUUGGGAGGACGACAUACUAUCGCAUCGGUUUGACUGGAGCCAAGAGAGUCUGUAUAGUCUCCAGAAACAAGUCAGGAGCUACCUGCAGACGGUAGAUUGGGAAAGAACCAUGUCUGAGAGGGAAUCAGUAUUGUUAGAGCUGCUAGGAGCUAAGUGGAAUACCACGACUAUGGUAUGA